CCCCUGCAGUGUGCACCCAAAAACCUGUAAUGCUGCUGCGGCUGCAGACGCGUGUCGCUCAUACAGUUACAGUACAAGACCUCUGAGGCUCUAGCUGCGCCCAGCACGAGCAUUUAAAAAACAAGUAGAAAUGUCUGUCAGCAUUGUCACUUGUUCAGCUUGGGUACCUCAAGGUCAAGCUAAAGCCAACCCUGAAAAAGUGGAAGUCAAUGUAGAAGAUCUGAAGAAAAUUAUUGAGGAAACAGAAACUAAGCUUGGAGAUCUGAAAGCAGAAAAGGAUGACGAUUGUGAUGAGGGUGAUGACACAGAUGAAGAUAAUGUAGAUGAAGAACAAAUUGAAGAAGUUGAUGUAAAACCUAAAGUCAAGUUGGAAGAAGCCAUGGAAAUUGAAGAUGCUCCUGUGGAUGAGCAAGACAUAGACAAAUUGUACUCAUUUGGCACAUAUGAUCAGGAGGAUGAUAAUCAGCUAAAUCAGCUCCUGACUCUGAAGAACUUGAGCGUAUUUGGUAACCCCGCGGACGAUCCCCUACUGAAGGACAGCCAUGACCAGGCGCGAGAGGAAGAUGAGCUCAGUGAGGUCGAGAACCACAGGAUCCUGCCUGAUGACAACCUCAUUGCUGUGGGGCAUGUCGAGAACGAUGCUGCCAUUCUAGAGGUCUAUGUUUACAACGAGGCUGGCAACGCUCUGUACGUGCACCACGACAACCUGCUCCCCACGGUGCCCCUCUGCAUGGAGUGGCUCAACUACAACCCCUUCCAGGAGGAGCUGGCGCCAGGCAACCUGGUGGCGGUCGGGACGAUGGAGCCUCAAAUCGAGGUUUGGGAUCUUGAUCUGAUCGAUGGACUGGAGCCUGCGUAUAAGCUUGGUGAUCCACGACCCAACAAAGCCACCAAGAAGAACAGGAGGAGAAAGAAGAAGACUAAUGACGCGCCUAAGAAGGUCAACGGCCACACUGACGCUGUUCUCUGCAUUGCAUGGAACAAGGAAUACGAGCACGUGCUUGCGAGUGGUUCAGCGGACACUUUGAUCAUCUUGUGGGACCUGCAGGAGGUGGCAGUGUCGCAGGUGCUAACCUGCUGCAGCGGCCGAGUGCAGAGUCUGCAGUGGCAUCCCGAGUGCGGUUCUACGCUGGCAUCCGGUAGUGCGGGCGGUGAAGUUCACAUCAUCGACUGCAGGGACGGCAGCAGCAAGCGUUGGCAGCUCGACGGCGAUGUGGAGAAAGUCCUCUGGGUCAAGUGCAAGAACGGGAAUUAUUGUCUGCUUGCCAGUAACGACAAAGGCUUGCUGUACAGCAUAGACCCCGAGCAGGAGGAGCCUGUCUGGGCCAUCACGCCGCACGAGAAGGCUUGCACAGGUAUACAGGUGAGCAGUAAGUGUCCAGGUCUGCUAGUGACUGCUGCUGAGGAUCACAGCAUACGAGUAUGGGACGGAGGAAACCCCAUGGACCUCAUCUCUGCCGCUCCUAAGCUCGUCGUACAGCUCGCUCCUCAGGUGGGAAAAAUAUUCUCUCUUACAGCUGCUUUAGAACAUCCAUUUGUCUUCUGCAUCGGUGGCGAUAAGAAAGACAACUGCUUCAAAGUUUGGGAUAUCCGCGCUUCCCUGAAAGUGAGAGAAGUAUUCUGUCCGCGCUUGGGACUGCCAGUGGAUGACGACGUCCCAGAUAAAACGCGUCUGGAGCAACAAAUAGAAACAUCCGAGGACGUGGAGACGAGGUUCAUGAGCGGCGCAUCUGGUGGCAAGAGCCACAAGAAGAACAAGCAGCACGACGGUCAGAUACGUAAGCCGUAAUCCGUCGUUAUGUAUAACCUCAAUAAAACGAGGCGGU